AUGGCUGCGGUCUUCAAAGGAGGGGCAGGUCUUUCAAUCGUGACUGUCAUGGAGAUUGAUCCGAAUGCUGUUGUCACUUACUUCAAGAUCAUGUUUGCCAACUCGGUUCUCUGGUUCAGUACAGUGAUUGUCGUUCAACUUUCCAUCAUCUUCUUCUACAUGCGGAUAUUCGGAGUGUCCAUCAUUUUUAAGUGGGUAUGCUACAUUUUGAUCGCCAUGAUCACUAUGUUCUGGGUCUCGGGCUUCUUCUCUCUGAUCUUCAGCUGCACACCCAUAAGCAGGUCUUGGAAUAGCUCAGAGACGGGGACUUGCUUGCCGUACCAACCUUACUGCGUCUCGGUCGGCGUUCUACAUGUCCUUUUCGACCUUGCGAUUGUGGCUCUUCCUAUGCCGAUGAUUUGGCACUUGCGGGCAGAUUGCCGAACGAAGAUCGUCUUGUCCGGUCUGUUGUGUCUCGGCCUGAUGUAA